AUUACUUGCAGUUCGUCCCUGGAGCCCUCGUUUCUUUUUGUCCCGUGAUUCGAAUGUAACGCUAUGGUGUGAUUUUGUCUUUUAGAAUGGUUUCCAUAGCCGAGGUGCUUCUGUCAGCGUUGUUCUCACUGCUAAUAGUGAUCGACAUUGUUGGCAAUGUGUUUGUUUGCUUGGUUGUUUAUCGAUCCAAGCAAAUGAGGAAACCCAUGAAUUACCUCUUGGUGAAUCUUGCUGCAGCAGAUGUUGUGAUUGGUGUAUUUAUGUUACCUAGGCAUGUGUUCCAUCAUGCUUUUAAGCACCCAACGGGUACAUUCGGGAACUACUUAUGCAAGUUCAUCACUGGUGGUGUGUUCAUCUGGCUGAGCGCUGCAGCGGCUGGGAUCUUACUUAUCGCCAUAGCGACGGCGCGCUAUUUCGCCAUAGUGCAUCCUUUUAGGACUAAGUUCCGGUUAGACAAGAAACGCGUUCUUUGGAUAAUGGCGUUGUCAUGGGGGUUUGCAUGUGUGUUAACAGGGCCAAGUGUAUCUGCCAUCGGGUACGACCCACAAGAAGAUUUCUGCGUGGAAAAAUGGAUAAAUUGGUAUCCAUCACAAGCUCAUGUUGCAUUUGUUUUCACCGUCAAUUGCGCGAUUCCGAUCGUAGCGAUGACGCUGUUGUAUUUAAGAAUCAUCUACAAACUGUGGCGAAACGAAGAUGCGAUUACAAACUCGGUUCAACUUGCAAGACUCAAGUCACGCAAACGCGUGACAGUCAUGCUCAUCAUUGUAACAGUUGUUCACACCAUGUGUUGGUCUCCGAACUAUGUUUUGUAUUUACUGAUAUUCCACGCGCCAGGAUUUUACUACGGCUCCACAACUUACAUUAUAACUGUUCUGUUAAUUCUACUAAACGCGGCUGCUGACCCGCUUUUGUACACUUGGUAUAUGGAUGGGUUUAGGAGGGGUAUACAGAACAUGCUUUGUCGUUGUCAUGGAGACAGAAUUCACGUAAUAGGUACCUCGGGUAGAAGAUCCGCCAAUACACCUGACCAAGUUGGCUUUUCUGUCACCACAGAACCAAAUAAUGGGAAAGUUAAUAAUAAAAGCACAUUUUGA